UUUUUUUUUUUUUUUUGUUCCCCCUCCCAAUUGAUCGCUCUCGCAAGCUGGAUAGAAGGAGUGGUUUUGUGUUAGAGAAUAGAUUUAUUGUGGUGGAUUUGCUCCGCUUGUUAUCGUCCAGGAGUGAUCGAUUUCUGGGGUGGUUCCGUUUUAGGACCCCAUGUUGAAGAGAAGGAGAGAACGUAUUCGGCCCCCGACUCCUCCUCGCUCUCCUGCUACUGCCUUGACUCCGGUGCUGCCAGCUCUGGUCUAUUCCAAAACCCCCCCUCAAGCAAAUAACCCUUGGUUUCAUCUGCCACGUUAAAUGGCAGAUGGUACCUACAGGUUCCAGCAGCCUGGGGCCGGGCAGUUCUUCUUCCAAACGCAACCGCAACAACACUCUCACCAACGUCACCUCAUUCGAAACGGCACAAGCUCUCCGACUGGACGUCUGAAAUUUAGUCACGAAACUCCUUCCCCUUCUCGAUCCCCCCCGCCGCUCGGUCAAGCAGCUGCCCUCAAUCCCUUCACAAUGUACAGUCAGACCCACCAAGGACAGCAUGUCAUGAUGAAUGGUGGCCAGGCCCAUCAGCGGUUUGGCAUGCAGAUUCCGAAAUUUCAGUCCCAGAGCCACCAUCCGCACCCUGCACAACAACCGCAUCAUCACACUCAUCACAACCAAGCUCCCCACAAUAUUAAUCAUCAACAUAACUUCUCGAGCGGGGCAUUGGCCGCCGCCACUCCUCACUUUACCCCCAGCCACAUGCAAAAUGGAGCUCACACGAACGUUGACGAAGAUAUCGACGAAUCUAUGAACAAACACUGGCAACAGCAGCUCCAGCUCGCGGCCGAGUCCCGGCAGGCCAGCUCCCCCCACUACUAUGCCCGAACCGUCGCGCAGCAGACCAAGGGCAUCCAGAUCGCGCCCAGCCAACCUGAGCCGCCAGAAAAUGGCACCAGUGGGAAAAACGGAGUUGUCAAGCCGAAAUCCACCUCUCGGCAGGGCUGGCAUGCCAUCGAUUUCGGCGGCCAAGGACUCCGGGCCAUCUCCACCUCCCUGUUCAAUUAUGUCUUUUUGGAGAAACUGUACUUGAAUCACAACAAGCUCAAAGUGCUUCCCCCCGCGAUUGGACAACUCCGGAAGCUCACCAACUUGGAUUUGUCGGGCAACGAUCUCACCGAGCUCCCCGAAGAAAUUGGUAUGCUGACGAAGCUGAAGCAGCUGUUGCUGUUUGACAACAACAUCCGCACACUUCCCUACGAGAUGGGCUACCUUUACCGGUUGGAUAUUCUGGGCAUAGAGGGUAAUCCGCUGGACGAUAUCUUGAAGUCUCAGAUUAUGAAGGAAGGCACGAAGGCCUUGAUCAAGUAUCUUAAAGAAGAGAUGCCAGUCCAUCUUCCACCUCCGGAUAGAGACUGGGUCAUUCUUGACGAGACUGCAACUGCUUCCACGGAGAAAACCACCGUGCUGUCAUACAAUAUCCUCUGCGAUUCGUCCGCUACUGAAUCACACUACGGCUACGUCCCCGCCCGCGUCUUGUCCUGGGAGUUUAGACGAGAGCUCAUUCUCAACGAGCUACGAUCACAUGACUCGGAUAUCAUCUGUCUGCAAGAAAUCGACCAGGGAAGCUACAACGAGUUCUUCCGGGAACAACUGGCCUACAGCGACUACAAAGGUGUGUAUUGGCCACGAGGAAGGGCCAUGGGUAUGCAGGAGGAGGAUGCAAAGGCUGUGGAUGGCUGCGCUACCUUCUUUAAGGGAAGCAAAUUCAUUCUUCUUGACAAGCAGAUGAUCAACUUUGGCCAGACGGCAGUACGAAGGCCGGACGCCAAGGGCCAGGAUGACAUUUACAAUAGAUUGUGGCAAAAGGAUCAUAUUGCGGUUGUUGUCUUCUUGGAGAACCGGCAAACGGGCUCUCGAUUCAUCGUUGUCAAUGCGCAUCUGUAUUGGGAUCCUGCCUUCAAGGAUGUCAAGUUAAUUCAGACAGCUAUUCUGAUGGAGGAGAUCACCAAGCUUUCCGAAACUUAUGCUAAAUGGGCUCCAUGCACUGACAAGGCCGCCUUCCGCUUCUCAGAGGCCGAGGGUGAGUCUCAGAGUCUACCGGAGCCUGCUCCGUCCGUGGAGUAUAGCAGCGGCGAUCAAAUUCCGCUCUUCAUGUGCGGCGACUUCAACUCGUCGCCUGGUUCGGGAGCAUACAACCUGAUUGCCAACGGCCGACUCCCCGAAGAGCAUCCAGACCUCGAGAAGCGAUUGUACGGAAAUCUCAGUCGGGUCGGUAUGUCGCACCCCUUCAAGCUCAAAUCAGCAUAUUCGUCUAUCGGGGAGAUGAGCUUUACGAAUUACACACCGGAUUUCAGUGAUAUUCUGGACUAUAUCUGGUAUUCAUCGAAUUCUCUUCAUGUAUCGGCGAUACUCGGGGAGGUGGACAGGGAUUAUCUACGGAGAGUGCCUGGGUUCCCCAAUUAUCAUUUUCCAAGUGAUCAUGUCGCAUUAUUUGCGGAGUUUUCUGUUAAAGGUAAAAAGGGUAAGGUUGUGGAGGCGGAUUUUGGGCCGCAACGGAACUGAAUGGGAAAGCAUGUUGAAUCUUAUGAGACUGGUGUUUGUGUAGCCCGGUUUGUCUUGUUAUCUCGGAAUCUCUUUGGGGGUCUGUCUUUUUUUUUUUUUUUUUGUUUUUUUUUUUUGUUUUU